GGGUGAUCAGAAUGCUGAUAUAGAGUAUGCUGGUGACACUGGUAUGGCAUAUGGGCUGAUCAGGAUGCUGGUAUGGGAUACGGUAGUGAUCAGAAUGCUGAGUGCUGGUAUGCCAUAUGGUGGUGAUCUAGGUGCUGGUAUGGCGUUGAUCAGGACAUUGGUAUGGUGCAGGGGCGGACAGACCAUUUGGAAACUCGGGCACUGCCCGAGGGCCCGGGGUCAGUAAGGGGCCCCAUGAGAUGCCCCUGGUACCUUUUUCAUAGGCUUUUUUGAGUUUGGGCAAGGACACAGGGGCCCCAUGAUCCCCUAUUGCCUGGGGGCCCCAGGA